AUGCCUACGCCGUUGCAUGCCGUGGUUGCCUCCGAAGCGGACGCCCUCCAAAGGUGCAACACCGCUGUGGCGCUGGCCGACACCGCCGCCAUCAAGUUCUCAUGCGUCGCUGGCGCUAGCAUGCUGGAUGCUUUUGAGACCUACCAGCUCGAACCGCUGAUCUCUGAGGACUAUAAAAUGGAGGGCGUUGAGGAUGCUGCCUACUACUCUGUGGCAGUGGUCAAGAAAAGCUUCUGCACCGCCGAUACCACCCUGCGAGACCUCAAGGGCUUGCGCGCUUGCCACUCCGGCUACGACAUGACCGGUGGCUGGACCUUGCCCGUUGGCUUCUUGGCUCCAGGGGGUGUGAUCCCCAGGGUCGCGACCAAGGCCGACGUCCCUGCUGACGCGCAGUCUGUCGCCGCGUUCUUCAGCGGCGACGUUGCCUUUACCAAGCACUCAACAAUCAUGGAGGUUGCUGCCGACGGCACUGCCCCCCAGGCUUGGUCCGCCUUCGACAUGGCUGACAUGGCGAUUGUCUGCCCCAGCGGCGGCUGCAAAGAAGUCAGCGAGUUCUUGUCGUGCCACAUUGCCAGGUCACCUGCCUUUUCUGUCAUGACGACCGCAGCCCUGCGCAACAGCGCCGAGGGGCAGGCCAUCCAGGCUGCCUUGAUGGACGCUGGCAGCGUCCCCGCUUACCUCAACGCUACCAUCGGCCUUGUGGGCAACUUUGCGUUCUCCGAAGACACCAAGGGCAUCAAGGCAGUAAGCAUCCCUUUCCUGUAG